CAGCGCUUCUCCAAGGCCGUGCUUGUCAUCAUCGAUGCCCUCCGUUUCGAGUUUGCCCGCUUUAACCCAGCCAAGGCCAGCCCGCUGCCCUACGAGAACAAGCUGAGUUUCCUGCACCACCUCGCAACCUCCCAGCCCCACCAUGCCCGCCUCUACCGCUUCCGAGCCGAUCCCCCCACCGCCACCAUGCAGCGCAUCAAGGGCCUCACCACCGGCUCGCACGCGCUAAAAAACAACUUUGCCACCUACGCGAUCCAGGAGGACAACUUGCUGGCGCAGCUGGUGCAGAAUGGAAGGAGAGUGGUCUUCAUGGGGGAUGAUACCUGGGAAGGACUCUUCCCGAAGAAGUUUUUCCGCUCGUAUUUCUUCCCUUCUUUUAACGUGAAGGAUCUUCACACUGUGGAUGAUGGGAUCCUGCAGCAUCUCUACCCGGCUGUGGACAGUGGUGAAUGGGACAUGCUGAUUGCUCACUUCCUCGGUGUGGACCACUGUGGGCACAAACACGGACCUGACCAUCCCGAAAUGGCUAAGAAGCUCACCCAGAUGAAUGAGAUGCUCAGGUCCUUGGUGGAUCACCUGGGGAAUGACACCCUUCUUCUGGUGGCUGGGGACCACGGCAUGACAGAGACCGGAGACCAUGGCGGCGACAGCGAGAAGGAAGUGAACGCAGCACUAUUUGUGUACAGCAAAACACCCCUAUUCAGCACUGGCCCUCCUGAGGAGCCUGAGGCCGUUCCCCAGGUGAACCUGGUACCCACUGUGGCCCUGCUGCUGGGUGUGCCCAUACCCUACAGUAACAUCGGGGAGGUGAUGGCGGAGCUGUUCUCCAGGGACGGCGACGCUGUGUCCGCAGCCUUGCAGCAGCUCUCAGUCUAUCACAUCAACGCCAAGCAG